CGCCUUCCAUCUUUACCAAAACACGCUCUCUCACUUGAUUGGUCAAUGCCUCAAAAUAUGCCCACCUUCUGUAAAACUGACCAAUCACAGUGGAGAACAGAGUUUCCCGUUUGUUUUCACCUCAUUGCAAAGUUGUGGUCGUCUCGGGGUUAUGGAGGAAGGUCGAGACUUAUCCUUUCAUGGGAAAGCGGUUGUAACUGAAGCUAAUCUGAGAGAUGAGUAUUACUGGAAGCUCGUUGCAGACUUCAUUGGCCCUCAGUCUGGAGAGGGACUGGAUCUGGAACAGGGGCCGUGCAAAAACAGGUUCAUGAUUCAAGUUGGACUCAUAGUUGAAGACAACAACUUCCCCUGGAUUGCCAUCGUACACUGGCUGAAGAAAAUCUUCCCCGGCCAUCAGUCGGCUGACUUCCGGUGUUUGGUUGAACGAGGCAUCGCAACGACGUUGAGUCUGGGCGUUGAUGCCAGGCUGACCUUCCUGGAAUCAAACGUCAACUUCAACUUUGUCGGCCCGAUAUGCGACAGCAUUGGAGUUGAGCGGCAGCACCUGUUGGAGCUGAAGGACUUCUCGGAGCGAGCCCGGUUCAUGGAAGUCACCAAUGGACUGAUUGUUGAACUGAUCAACUUUGUCUCCAGGGAGAAGCUCUCCCCGGUCGUCAUCGUCACCUGGCUGAAGAACUUCAACCCGGAGUUUUGUACGAGUGGAAACCUCCAGAAGGCGUAUAAAAGCAUCAAACCCAAGAUAAAGAAGUUAAAAAUGCACUGUGGCCACUACGAAACCAGACGGCACAGAAAGAACGCGGCGAUCGAGGCGCUGCUUCAGAGUCCGUUUGAGCUGGUUCCGAGUAAAAUACCAAAGCAGCUCGCAAAGAAACGCAUCAGAAGAGAGGAUUACGACGUUGUGGUGAAAGAAGAGUGUGAGGGUUAUGACGUCUCAAAAGGCGAGGGCUCCGAGGUGGUCAACGUGGCUUGGAGCCAACAUCACAGUGACAUCAAGUUUGAUGAAGGCGUGAAUGAAUCCAACUGUGGAGCAACAAGCUCGGAGGACAGCAGAGUUUCUCUGACGCUGCUGGACAUCGCCAUGCUAACGGUCCAAAAGCUGCUGAACGUUUCUGGAGCCAAAAUUGAAGCAUGCAAGCAAAUUUCCUUGGACCUGCUGAAAAACCACUACAUCCUGACUUACAAGGAGCAUCCGGCCAUGGAGGAGUUCGAGAGGAAGGUCGGAGCGCUGCGUCACAAGUGUUCGCUUGUGCCUCCCGUCGUCUUUCUAAACUACAACGCACACUUCCUGGUGCACGUGCAUGAGGCGAUCGAGCAGCAGAUCCUGAACUUUGAGAAGGACAUCAUCAUGUCCACGGGAGAGAAGCUAGGCCGGGACAAGCUACCGACCUUCAAGAACUUUGUGGGUUUGCCUGAAAGCGCUACUUGUUGUUACGUCCACAUGGCCUGUGACAUCCUGUGCCCCCGCAGCGCCCACCGCCCCGGCAAGCCCAACUACAGGAAACACUGGGUAGCGUUCUGCAAGGAGAAGGGAAACCCCUCCAAACUGGCUGUGAACCUGUCAAACCGCUUCAAAGGUUACUUUGAAGCGGCAGCCGGACUCAUCCAUCAUCACAAAGAGAUAGCUCUCUUCUUCUCCGACCUGCUGGCCAUGACCAACGAGGCCUGUCCCAACAUCAUCCUGCAGAGCGUAGCAGCAGACGCUAACGACUCCACCAUCCAGAGCUUCGUGUGUGUUCUGGCCAUCGUUUACUGUAAGGUCCUCGGCCCCUACUGGCAGCUGCUGAAUAGUGGGGGGGAGUACUCGCUCUUCAGCCAGUACCUGCUCUGUUUCUACCAGAAGUUCCUCGACUGGUCCAAAGAUCCUUCAACUCUGCUGGAACCGGAGGAGACCACAAAUGUUUUCAAGCAAUUCCCGCUGCAGGAGAAGGCCCUCGGUGAAGUGUUUAACUACUGCGGGCAGUGGCACGCAAACCGAGAGCUGAUCAGGGUGUGUCUGAAGGGUACCAUCAAGGUGAUAGCUACCGUCACCGAGGAACACCUGAAGGACUUUUUACCUGGAGGAGUUUUCUCCCAAAUCCCCUCCGAAGAUGUGCGCCUGCAGCUGGUGAGCUGCACGUUCUCCGUCCUCAUGGCGGACUAUCCCUUCAGUUACGAGGAUCUGUACCAGAAGAGAAAACCCGGCAAGGAGGCUUCCUCAAAGACCAGCCAGUGGGACAGCUCCGUGGAGGAUGAAGUUAAGUUGAGUUCGUCUGGUGACAGUGAUGAUGGGGUUUCAGGUGGAACCGGUUCCCUUUUGGGCCAGAAGGAGCAUCAGAGCCCUCAGACGAAGAAAGGUUCCAAACCGGCCAACGAGGAGGCGGUGGAGGUGAACAUGGACCUGGAUUACAUCUCAGCGACUGUCAGCAGAAACGGAGGUCCGUGCAAGACCCAACAGGACGUCGACAAACUGCUGCUGCAGCUCGAGGAGAAACCCCGAGUUGAGAAACAAGAGGCUAUUCGCUGUGAGUUGGUCUACCAGAAGAUGGUUCUGAACAACCCGGACCCCAGACUGGACUGUGUUCUCCAGACCACCACCCAGAUGGUGCUGAAGCUGAAGCUCGCACUCCCUCGGGUCAAACCCGGGUACUCCCUGGUGCUGGCCCCCAGGAAGACACGACCAAAAGCUGUGACCCAGACGGCACCAGAACCACCCGCUGCUCAGGUGGUCAACAUGCUGGUUUCAGAAGAACAUCCAGACUGUCAAACCGAGCAGAAACUAACAAACGCAUCCAUGUAGCCUUCUGAGGUUCAGCCACCACUUAAAUGGUUCUGUAACCGAUAGGUUUAACUUUUUCUCUUUUGUUUUCUUCUUCAUGAAAGUGAAUUUAUUAAAACUCCACCGUGGGAUCACAA